AUGGCGAAAAUCACCAACUUGACUGCACUAUCUACUGGUCGACUAACAGCCAAGAAGGCAUUGAAAGGUCUGGUAGCUAUGUCUGAGUCAGUAGCGGUCGUAGGAGCAGGUCUGGUGGGAUGUCUAGCGGCAAUUGCCCUUGCCAAGAGGGGUUACAAGGUGACUGUAUUCGAUUACAGGAAGGACCCUCGAGAAAAAAGUACGACAGAUCGGAAUUUGAGAUCGAUCAAUUUAGCCAUCUCAUCCAGGGGAAUUACUUCGCUUGAAUUUGUCGAUGUGGAGAUGGCCGAGAGGGUGCUUAAGGAUAUCAUUCCCAUGAAAGGCCGUAUGAUCCAUCAUUUGAAUGGCAGAGAAGAAUCGCAGAUAUAUGGAUUGUUUGGCGAAACUAUCAAUUCGAUUGAUCGCGCCGUUUUGAACAACUACCUUCUUGACGAACUGGACAGGUUUGACAGCGACAAGGUUCAGCUCAAAUUCAGCCAUAAGCUGAAAAAGAUAAAAUUCAGAGACCCGAAAGAGUUGCAGAGUUGCGUUUUCUCUACAGACGACGGCGUCGAGCAGGUCUAUGGGGUUAAUUUUAUUGUCGGUUGCGAUGGCUGCUAUUCCACAACCAGAGAUCAAAUGCAGCGGGAAGUUAGAAUGCGUUAUAGCCAGGAAUACAUCGAUUGCUGUUACAUCGAGCUUUAUAUUCCGCCCUCCAAGACGUAUGUGGAAGAGUUCAGGGGCAAUUUCUCGCUGACGCCGGACCACUUGCACAUCUGGCCGCGCCACAAGUUCAUGCUUAUUGCAUUGGCCAACAAGGAUGGCUCCUUCACCUCUACUUUCUUCGGGCCUUGGAAGCUUGUCGAGUCUCUGUUGGAGUCGAGAUCGAGAGUGGAAGAGUUUCUGCAGGAGAAUUUCCCGGAUGCGAUGGCGCUAAUGGGCCUCGAGAACGCCGUCCAAUGCUUCAUGACCUACCCUAAGGGCGCGCUCAUGUGCGUCGAGUGCGAGCCAUAUCAUGUCCCUGGAGGCAGGUGCAUCAUCCUUGGAGAUGCUGCCCACUCGAUGGUUCCAUUUUACGGCCAAGGCAUGAAUUGCGGAUUCGAAGACGUCAAAGUGUUGAUGAAACUUUUGGAUGCCAAUCAUGGAGAUCGCGCCAAAGCCUUCCAGGCAUACACCGAAACGAGACACCGAGAUCUGACCGCGAUAAUCAAGCUGGCUGUCAGGAACUACAGGGAAAUGUCUCAUGAUGUAACAUCAAUGGCUUUCCUGCUAAAGAAGAAGAUAGACAGUUGGUUAGGCAAGCUCUUGAAGGACACAUGGCUACCACUUUACACCAUGGUCUCGUUCAGAGCCGAUAUACCCUAUAGCAAAGCAGUCGCCAUCUCGAAUAGACAAAACAAGAUAUUGAAUGUCAUUCAAGCUCUAGUUGUUGCUUCCGUCAGCGUUUUGGGAUAUAAAGCAUUGAGAUUGUGUUACCCAAUAAUCAGAAGGCUUAAGCGUUCUUGA